CUUAUUCAUGUUCAUGACAGGUGUUAUGUCAGUCUUAUUCACACCCCUUCAAAUAAAGUGUUAUCAGGGGUCUUAUUUCCAGAAGGCCAUGUCACUUUGAAUAGCUGUUUUCAAUUAAUCAAUAAUAUUUGAAAAUUGAUCUCUGUAAUUUACUCAGCUUAACUUUAUCCAACAUUGAUCUGAUACAUACAUGUAAGUGCUGCAAAAAGGCAUAAACUGAAGACAUCUGUAAGAAGGCAAGUAUUUCACUCUACAUGGCAUUUUCACUGCUUAUUAAUUGCCGUCAUAGUUUAUUAUUAUUGUUGUAAUGGUCUAAUAAUUACCAACACCCUACCCUUUAUGUUUGCUACAAAAAAUUAGUUUAAGAUUCAUAUAAAUUAUUACCACUGCCCUGAUGAUAGUAGUAAUGUUUGUUAUUGUAAUAAACAAUAAUCAAGUAAAAAAGUUACAUUAGAAUUCCUGGGGCUUAAUGUGACACAGUGGUUAGAGUAUACAGUGAUCUGUAUACAGAGGCUACAGACUUUGAUGCAGCCAUCCCAAGUUAGUCUGCCAUACUCGAUUCUUUUGCUGCAGCUCUUUUCCUCGCUCUCUCUGAACUUUUCUUGUCAGAUUACUAUCAAAUAAAGGACACCAGUGGCAUAAAAAAUCUUUAAAGAUAUAGUUAGAAAUUAAAAUUCUGUCUUUGCUCAAUUUGAUUUAGUUGACAUUAAAGUUAGGCAUCUAUGAAUCAUGUGAAUACAAUUCACAUUUUUUGUAGGAACUCAUCUUAAGAGCAGGUUCAGCUUGAAAUUGUUGGUUUUAAAUUGUUUUCUUGAUGUCCCACUUCUUGCAAACAUCUGCUUUGUCUGCAUGAAGCUGACAGUUAUGCAUGCAUGCCACAUAUUUUUUCUCCUUUCAGUCAUUCACUGACAAGCAAACGAAAAAAAAAAUCAGUUUUACACGAAAGCACCCAUUCUACAAGAACAAAGUUGCUGAACCCGAUGGCAGUGAUUCAUAUCGUAAGUAAUCUCAGACACACAAGCACCUCAGCACAAGUUCAGUGUAAGUAAUGUGGAGGACCUAUAUGAGAGUGACAAAAUUUCUUUAACUUUUGGUUUUGUUUUUAUUUUUAUUGAUCUGUUUUCCAUGACUAUACAUAAGGCUUUUCAGUCAACAGGAAUAAGAUUACUAUAACGCUUUUUUUUAAUGUUAUUUUGACAUAUGGCUGACUUUUCCUCUCAGUCAUUGUAAGGACUGUUACAUUUGUUUUUGUAUUUGUUUUUGUUUGUUUUGGUUGCUCCUGCUGGCUAGAUAUUUCUGUAAGGCUAAACUUGUGGGUGAACUGCCUCCAACCUUUUGAAUGUGCAGCUGUUCCCUUUCCUUUUUAUCUUCUCCAACGGAUCUCUUUGGAUGAUCAAUAGGACAUCGUGGGAAUAGGUGAUGAUGGGUGUGGGACAAGAACAUUGAGAAAUCAAGAUGAUGUAAGUCUCUCCUAUGAAUAUGUGCUACGCCAAGAAAUUGAUUAUGCUAGACCUGUCAUCAUUCUUGGACCCAUGAAGGACAAAAUCAAUGAAGAUCUGAUUGCGGAAUUUCCGGACAAGUUUGGUUCUUGUGUCCCACACACCACAAGGCCAAAAAGGAACUAUGAGGUUGAUGGGCAAGACUAUCUCUUCGUGAUGUCCAGAGAGCAGAUGGAGAAGGACAUUCAAGAGCACAAGUUCAUAGAAGCUGGACAAUACAAUGACAAUCUUUACGGGACCAGUGUCCAGUCUGUAAAAUAUGUAGCUGAGAGGGGCAAACACUGUGUUCUGGAUGUCUCUGGAAAUGCUAUUAAACGACUACAAGUAGCACAGUUGCAUCCGAUAGCCAUCUUGAUAAAACCUAAGUCUGCUGAUUCAUUAAUGGACAUGAAUAAGAAAUUGACUGAGGAACAAGUGAAGAAGAUAUUUGAAAAGGCUGUGAAGCUGGAAAGGGAGUUUGGAGAAUUGUUUACAGCUCUGGUUCAAGGAGACACUUUGGAUGAUAUUUAUCACCAGUGUAAACAAGUCAUUGAUGAACAUUCAGGACCCUACAUCUGGAUUCCAUCAAAUUAAAAAUUAAAAUGACUCAUGACCUUGGAAGGCAAUCCUGGCUGCUGGGAACAAGAUACAAGCAGUCAUUUCUAAACCUGUAAAACUGUAAUUUUUACUGUUACUCUUAUUUUAUUCAAUUUUUUCCCUCCUUGACUUUUUUUGUUAAUGUAACUUAAAAUAAUGUGGAUUUUCUUGUUUGUAUAUUUUUUGAUUUUUGUAAAUAUAGAAGAGAAUAUUCUAAUGUAUAUUCUAAAAAUUAAUUUUUUUUCCAACAUACACUUGUUUGUGAAUAGAAACUUAGGUCUGAUUCUGCUAUGGCGGCCCACAGAGGUGCAUUGGUUUCACGAGCGCCCCGGAUUAAGCUAUAUUUAAAAUCUGUGAGGCUGCUUUGGGCAAGAGUUCAGUGACAACUUCACUACUGAAAUACAGCUCGACUGAACUGAUGGCGACUGGAUACAGUUCGGCUGUUAUAUCACCAAGGCUGAAAUCUGUACUUGGGAGACAGUGCCUCCUCAGAACAACGGCCUGGCGCAGCAGGAUGCAAGGAGCAACGGUCAAAAGGAAACGUGCCAGAAAACAGAAGAGGGGGAAGCGGGCAGGCGCGUUGGCCCAGCUGAAGGCUGGGAAGCCACCUAUUCUGACUCAGUUUCUGGCCAUUGUCCACCCACUGGAUAACAAAGUGGAUUUGUUACAUCUGAGGCUGAGAGUUUCUGCAGAGAUGAAGAACUGUGCCGUUCUUAGCCUAAACAUUGGUCGUCAUGAAUUUCUUCGAGAAGCUAGUCAUGAAUCACAUCAAGGGCUCCAUUGACAUCAAUGUGUCCACUGCUGACGUCAUUUCAUCGGCGAUCCACACAGCCCUCUCCCAUCUGGAGAGCAGGAACUCAUACAUACGUCUCCUCUUCCUGGAUUUCUCCUCAGCAUUCAACGCCAUCAACCCACAGACCCUGGUGCAGAAGCUCUCCUCUCUUGGACUGAGUUCUACACUGGGGAACUGAAUUUUGGACUUCCUGACAAACAGACCUCAAACUGUCCGGAUCCACAACAACGUCUCCUCAUCCAUCACCCUCAGCACUGGCUCGCCGCAGGCCUGCGUGCUGAGCCUCCUCCUCUUCACUCUGCUGAAGUAUAACUGCUCAGCAAGGCAUUCCAACUGUCAUAUAGUGAAGUUUGCCGACGACACAGCAGUAGUGGGACGCAUCAUGAACAGUGAUGAGUCCAAAUACAAAGAGGAGGUGGAACACCUGGUGCAGUGGUGCAGAGAAAAUUACCUCUGCAUCAAUGUGAAGAAGACCAAGGAGACGGUGCUGGAUUUCAGAAGGAACAAGGAUCCUCUUCAGCCCUUGUACAUCAGAGGAGCAGCUGUGGAGGUGGUCUCCAGCUACAGGCAUCUGGGUGUGCAUAUAUCCAGUGACUUCACCUGGAGUACCAACACUUCCCAUCUGGUCAAGAAGGCCCAUCAGCGUCUCUACUUCCUCAAGAAGCUGCGGACAGCUGGACUUGGGAGCUCAGUCCUGAGGAGCUUUUAUCACUGUGUGGUGGAGAGUGUUCUCUGCACCUGCAUCACUGUGUGGCACAGCAGCUGCACUGCUGCUGAGAGGACGGCUCUACAGAGGGUGGUCAAGGCUGCACAGAGGACUGUGGGGAGCAGCCUUCCCUCCACCUCGAUGCAGGAGGAGGGCGCUCCUCAUCAUGAAAGACUCAACCCAUCCUGCACACAGGCUGUUCCAGCCGCUCCCCUAAGGCAGGAGGCUGAGGAGCAUCCAGAGCAA